AUGUCGAGACAAAUUGAUAACACCAAAGGGCAGUCAGGCAACAUGUCUCUUAUACUCAUAGAUAAUUUCUGGCGAGAAGGUAAACAGAAGAGAAGUGCCUUUUCCCCUCAAAGGGCUUGUAACUUAUGCUUGGUCUGGUGGCCGCCGGCGGUCGCGGUCCCGGACUACGACUACCCUGAAAAUAUCCUCAUGAUGUUUAUGGACGAGUUGGAGUUCGCUGACCGGCGAAAACCUGCGUACUACUUUAGUGCCAUAUUUGAUCAUCUUAUACCUGCAUAUGCCUAA